AGAGGCGGGGCCGAGGCGCGGCGCGGCGGGCGCGCGAAGCUCUGUGGGGCGGGCGGCACUUCCGGCGGGAGCGGCACCGGGAGCGGGACGGGAGCGGAACAUGCGAGUGCGCGUGCGGAGCUGGCACGGAGUCGCGUCUUGGCUGUGGGUGGCGAACGACGAGAACUGCGGCAUCUGCCGGAUGGCCUUCAACGGCUGCUGCCCCGACUGUAAGGUGCCCGGCGACGACUGCCCGUUGGUGUGGGGGCAGUGCUCGCACUGCUUCCACAUGCACUGCAUCCUCAAGUGGCUGAACUCGCAGCAGGUGCAGCAGCACUGCCCCAUGUGCCGCCAGGAGUGGAAGUUCCGCGAGUGACGGCGGCACCGGGCACGGGGACGGGCCGUGGCCCGCCCCCGGCCGGCCCGGGCCGCUCAAUAAACGUGCGACGCCA